AUUUCAGGAGCGUUGCGGAUGACAUUUGUGGUCUUGUCCUUCAACAUGGAUUCUUCGAUCACCAGUUUUAGUACAUAGCUACGGCCAUUAGAGUUGAUUUGCCCAAAUUCUUAAAGCCAUGGAUAUUAUACAGAGUAAACUCGUGAAGGUUUGUGAAAAUAACAUUUGAGUAAACAAACAAACUUAAUAGGUUUUUGCACGUACCUAGUAGCAGAAAUUUUUCCUUGUCAGCUGACUGUAAUAUCAUUGUAUCAAUUUGCUUCACAAAUGAAAAAAUAUCUUUCGAUCAUUUCUAAAAGAUGUUUGAAAAUAUUAAGAAGUGUUUGAAAAGGAGAUUAAUCCGUGAGAAUGUACGUAAGUGGAAAUUGGUGACAGCCGUAUAUGUUGCAUUGAAAGUCUGUUUGGUAUUAAUAAAAUGCAAUUAUCACGUUGGCUAGCUUAUUAAUGCUGAGUUCGAGGUCUGUUGUGAAACUUAACUUAUCAAAUAAAAACCCUAUUGUUUCAUUUAUUGCAACCUCAAAUUUAGAGCCGAGUGGUAGCCACCUAAAAUUAUGAAUACGUUCUACAUCAGAUUUCGUAAUAUUAAUUUAAUUAUAAUUAGCUAGAGCAUCGGUAUAAACCAGUCAUUUUCAGCCACAAAUCGUGUCAAAAUCAUACAGUCUUUUCAAUUUUGAUAAAUUGUUUGUGAAACAAAUUUGGGAGAACAAAAUCUACGAAAGCAAGAAUAAAGAUAACAAGCAAAUGUAUGGCAAACCAACAGUAUGGUCUGAAUGCAUUUUGAAUUUGUAAAGUGCUACUUGACUCAAUGCAAUCAUGCCACAGAAGAUGGAAGUAGUUUUGUUUGUUUGAGUUUGUAAUUUUAUUCUGAAACCUUUCUGAUUAAUAACAAACCAAUUUUCACACUUUUUAUUUUUUUCUCCUGCUAUGCAAUUUCAUUGACAUGCUUGUCUCUCCCAUCUGAGGAAUCUCCCAUCUCCUGCUAUCUACCUCAAUGUUCCCCUCCACUAGAAUUUUUAUGAUGUGUUGAAAGGGACUACCGUAGCUAAAAGUAAUCAAGAAAACUUACACCUGUUAGGUGUGAAAUUUAACUCAGAAAGUUUGCCUACUCUGUUUUUUCGUAAUGAAACAUUUUGGGUAUUAUUAUAUUUUUUUGCAGUAUAAACAUGCAAAUCUUUGUCAUCAUGAUGUUAUGAGAGCACUGCAUCAGUACCCUACCUUACGAGCAGAUCUGCAAAACUUUAGUAAGUGAGCCUUUCAAUUUUGAAAGCAGUUUUUAACUGUUGGAGACAGGUGUUUUGAAAAGAAUUUUCUGUGUAUGUGUAAUGAUGAACUUUUCCUGAAUAUUUUUGGAUUUAAUAAGGUUAAAAAGCAAGUUUCUAGUUUGUUAAUUAAAUUAACAAUUGGUUCAUACAUCAGUGUGCGUUUAUCAAGAUAUGAAGCAUGCGGGAAGUUUGGAGAGCACGAAAGAUGUGUAAGAGUUGCUUGAGGCAUUGCUGAGGGCAACUCUAGCUUCUUGAGUGCUCUCCAAACUUCCCGCGUGCUUCAUAUCUUGAUGAACGCACAGCUGAUGUAUGAACCAAUUGUUUUAUAACAUUUUCAACCCGAUGGAAAAUUUUUUUCUCUAGAGAUUUGUUUGCUUACGUCAUGAGUGUGCACAGUAGGAAUAUGAAGCACGCUCACGCAAUUGAAUUUGAUUAGACAAAUUUACUAGCUAUGUUAUAAAAUGAAAUGCACAAGUACAUAAACAAUCCAUGAUACAUUGUAUUAAUAAGCAAUUUCAGUAUUUCAUCUAGAGAGGAAUCUUGAACAAAAAAUAUAAUUAUUUAUAUUCUUAGCAGGUGAUAAUUGAGACAUGGUAUGAUACUACUCUGAUAUAAAGAUUUAAUGAAUUUAACUGAGAAGUCACAAUUCAUAGACAUAGGCAUGUCUGAUUGUCCACAUUGUUGCCAUGUGAACUUUAAUAUGUCUUAAGUGAUGAGUGAUUCAAUUUAUAACUCAAGUUGUAAUGUUCAGGUUUAGUUUCCAGUACUCAAUCAUAAGUUUCAUAUUUUUCUGUGAUAAAACUUACAAAAAUUAGAAAGGGAGACAAAAAGGUAUCUGUUAAGAUAAUUAUUGGAUGAAUUGAUCCCACAGCACAUAAUGAUGGGAGAGAAGCUCAAUUACUUGCCCUGGAUGGAACACUUCCUGUAAUGAUCAGAGGUGAGACUUGCUGCUGCAUGUUCAACUGAUACAGAGACUUAUAUAAAUAUAUAAAUAAGUAUUAAACUUAAUUGAGAGAUAUAAAGCAGUUAAUGUAUUUGAGCGAUAUUCUCUUUAUUUUUGUAAUUAAAUAUAUAUUUUACAACCUUUAGACUAGAUAAAAGUGUUUACAUGAGGUGAUAAAAACUACAUGUAGGAAAGAAGUCAAAGUGUACUCACUUGAGAUGUGGACUAAAACAUUUUAACCAAGCACUGCAAGUCUUCUUCACUUAUUGAGAUUAACUGGUUAUAAGUCGUUGUUACCUUGCAUGAUUGGUGCAUUUCACAUGUGUAUUCUUUCAGAGGUCAGCUAAUAUUGGCUGGGUUCCCCUGUUGUUGUGUUUCUUAAUCAAUUGGCCAUCAUGCUGAUGUUUAUUCCAGUAUCAUUUUUGAUGUUGUCAGGAGGAAGUGAGACCAACAAUAAUACUCCAUCUCUAGUGUAUUCAUAGGGACGCAUGACUGUGAUGCUUUCUUUUGUAUGGUACUGAUUAAAAUGUUCCUCCACAGCUGCAUAGUGUGCAAUUGUAUUGCCAAUUGUUAUAUGAAGAAAGUUGCUAAUUAUAGGGUUUUAAAAAGAAAUGGAUGAAUUUACUGGUUAAUUAUUACAACUAUGAGUUGCUUCCUCAUUAACUGUUGAAAGCUCUCAGUUAGGGUUAAGAAAUGUACAAAUUAGUUGCCCAAGUGUAUGAACCACUUUUUGUUCCAGGUGUCACAUACAACAUUCCAGUCUGUGUCUGGCUGCAGGAGAACCAUCCAUAUGUUCCCCCACUUGUGUAUGUCAAACCAACAAACACAAUGGCUAUCAAACCAUCUCAAUUUGUGGAUUCCAAUGGAAAAGUUUACCAUCCUUUUCUGCAUGAGUGGACUUAUGUAUGUUCAUUAGCAUCAACUUUCAUCAUUUCUCUCUAUAACUUAUGGAUUAACCCUGUGAUUCCCAGGAGUGACCAACACUGAAUUUCUCCUUAAAAGAUCAAUACUACAUAUGAAACAGACAGUGAUGAGAAUAAAGAAAAGUAUCAAUUGGGGAAUUAUUUGUUGAUCCAAUAUUACUUCCUGCAAACUGACAUUAUAAGAAUUGUUUGUAAAAAUAAUAGUAAGGAGAGUUAUCAAUGAGAUCAGGAAAUGAUCAGGUUAGACUGCUGAAAAUGCAUGUUGCUUUUCAAGGAUCAUACAUGAUGAUAGGCUUGUUUUUUUUUCUCAGGAAUGAUAAUGACAUGUAAGCAUCUAACAGUAAGUUUUCUUCUCUUUCAGCCCAAAUCUGAUCUUGCUGCCUUGCUUCAGAUUCUCUGUGGUAUUUUUGCACAGCAGUCACCAGUUUAUUCAAAAAGUGCACCAACACCACCACAACCUAGUAGUUACAAUAUGCCACAACAGCCAAGCUACCUCCCUCAGUAUGGUGGUUACUCCCCCAAUCCGGGGGCCAUGCCACCAUACCCUGUUGGAGUAUCUACAGGAAUGCCAAUGCCACAACCUGGGCCAGUCCCAGGCAAGUUUACACCGGGAGUUAUGAUAAAAAUGUUAUUUACUUAUUUCAUAUUUAGUACUACAUGAUUACUGUUUCAAAUGAAUUACAUAUGUCAAUGAUCAUCUGUGAAAAUAUUCUGCAUCAUCCCUUGAUCUUUAUGGAGGAAGAUUAAAACACUUCUCACUGUUAUUCAACCUUAAAUACAGAAGACUCAGUACUGAAAGUAGAAGGCAGGACUCACACAACAAGAAAAUGGUGUCCAGAAAACCUAUCCUGUCAAUUGUAUAGAAUCAGUCAUCUGAAUGCAAUUUAAUACCACCUGAGUUUUAUCAAAUGGCUAACGGACAGCUCAGAUAGACAUAUGAAUGGAGUGACUGAGCUCAGCUCAGCAAUUAUUCAUUUACUGAAUGACUGACUGGUCAACAGAAUACAUGAAGCUACUCAUACAGGAAACAUUGUUUUUUUUUCUUUGGUGAUUAGUUUCAUUUGUCUUUGUUGUUUAGGAAGCAGCCCAGGUAGACCAAGUGGUGGCAGACCUCCAUAUCCCCCUUAUCCUCCAGGAGGUGGGUCCAAUAUGGGACCAUCUAAUCCCCCAUACCCUGUGCAAAAUCAUGCAAGCUAUCCCCCUAGUACACAACCAUCUUAUUCUGGUCCAGCUGCCAGUAUUCCACAUGUCACUCAGGCUAAUUUGGACACAACUAACAGCACAACUGCAGUGAGCAGCACUUUGAAGGAUGAAGAAAUUAAGCUAUCACUACGGUCUGCAGUGGAAGACAAAAUAAGAAGAAGUACAAAGGCAUUGUUCCAGCAAGCACAGGUAUACAUCAUCAGAUUUGAACUCACUGUAGACUGCUAAUCAACAUCAGGACCAAAAAGCUUUGGAGACAAUUUUACUCUGUUGUUGACUUAUGUUACAUUUCAGUUCAUAUGCAUUGCAAUCAGUUAGCCCACCUGUUGAGGACCACCUCAACGUGCAAGUUUGUUUGGUAGAAAGUGUGUAUUUAUAAGACUACAUUAUUGGACCACAAGGAAUCUUAACACGAUACAAAUGCACUCAUUAAAACCAGAUCCUGGAUAGGACAGGAAUGUCCUCUAUUCAGCUAUAGCUUUUUAACCUUUAACUCCCAAGAUCUGAUUGUCAAUUCUCCCCUCCAGCUGCUACAUAUUUCCUUGUAAAUUAGUUUUGAGAAUUUGUUGUAAGAUCAAGGCAACAAAUUCUAACUGGUAAGUGUGAGUAUUCUCAUUAACUUUUUGCUGAAAAAUGUACAGAUAGUGAAUGAAGAAGUCACCUGUCAAUCUCUUCUGAGAGCUAAAGGGUUAACAGGUAGUACGGAAAAAUUUGUCACCUAUUUUCGGUUCACUUUUUUUUUGACAGAUUGAAUUAGAUGAGUUGAACAGAACCCAGAAUGAGUUAAAACGGGGAAGUGAAAAACUACAAGAUAUUUUACAGAAACUGGAAAGAGAACAGGUAACAGCUAGAAAUAUGUUAAAACUUUGUGGGGAGUAAAUUCACUUUCCUUCUCUCUCUAUUAGUUCAAUAAGCCCAUUUUCAGUCGCUUUCGAGAGAUUACUUCGAGGAAUAAUUAUGACAACUACCGGCAUAUACAGAGAGUAUAUGCAUCAAGAAUUGACUUCGUUAUUGAAAUGUGCAGAAAGGGACAAUCUCUCAAUUUGAUUAAAUCUUUGAUUAAAAGUGUCUAAUCAAAUUUCUUAAGUAAUCAUCCGGUGAAACUGAGAAAUUAACGGAUUGAGUUGUGGCUUAUUUGCCAUAUCACGCAAGGCAAGGCAUAUCGCUCCUCUUGCUCUGUGGAUGUAUAAAAGUCCACUGACAUGCUGAAGCUGCGUACAAGGCUGGCACAUGGCAAUGUGAAAAAGGUAGAAAUUGUCUUGCUCCAGAAUUCAGCGCAGCUGUCCUCAGGAUAACUUAGAAUUUGGAAAGUAGGUGGGUAGGGGGGAGCACUUAAAAGAGCUUGGAGAGAAGGCGGAGGUUCCGCUGAUGUCUUCCAACCCUGAGCCGGAAAGUAACGUAUUAGAUCAGGGUAGUAAAAAUUUGUCAGUACAUUCCAAAGUAGAAUGUACACGGUCAAUAUUCGCGUGCUUAACCCCUGUUAAAGAAUGAAGUGUUCGAAUGACCGUUCCUUGCUGGGUAACACGUAAUCGUUCAAGCAGAAUGCUGGAGAUCCUUCCUUCCCCCCCCCUCCCUUCAAUUUCAUUCCUCUAGGACCUGAGUGCAACACAACCAGUUUUAUGUCAUAGAUCACUUAUUAGUUAAGAUUUAAAUUCUCGACUGAUGUCUUUUCAUUCGCUUCGCAGGCGGACGUGGACAACGACAUCAAAUUGUUAACACAAAAGAAUGAAGAGAUUUCUGAGGUUGUCAGCAAGUUAGAAUCGAAUUCUGAAAAUCUUGAAAUCGACGAAGCGGUAGUGACUACAGCACCUCUUUAUAAUCAGUGAGUACACAUAAUAUUAUUGGUUGUUAGAAUGAUGCACUGUUUACUUGUGGAACUGUUGGCUCAAAAAUUGUUCUCGCCAGAAUUCUCAACCUAUUUGCGGAGGAGAAUGCAGUAGAGGAUACAAUAUAUUAUCUCAGUGAAUCUCUGCGUAAAGAAGCCAUCGAUUUAGAAGUUUUUCUUAAGGUAAGAAGCCUCCCGGUGAUGAUUGUGGCAAUUUUCAGGGUAACCACAACAGCCCAAAAAAAUCAAAGGAUAAUGUCACAAGGAGUUAAAGGCGCCAGUAAGAUCUUCAAGCUUUGCAUCAGUGUGAGAAUGAUAUAAAAAAAGGAAUCGUAUUUUUCGAUUUGGUGCAGAAAAUUCUCGCGUAACUUCAGGGCGUGAAAUUGCGCCUAAUACAGGCGCAAAUGCGACUAAAUUUUUCACUUUGGCGACCAAAUCCUGAAAAUUAGUCGCCAAAUUGGCGACUAGAAUGUUUCAUCAUAACCUUACCUAGAGAUAUAGUGAAUUAAAAAGAUUUGCAAAGACAAAUCCGCGGCAAACUUCCUCGUUAAGUUUGUUUCCAAAACGCAGCAGAUGCAUCUCGAUCGAUAACUAGACGCCAUCUUGGAUUUAGGUGAGCUUAAACGUUGCAUAUCAUCCAUCCUAGUGUCCACUUUGUAGCACGUUAAAGAUCUUUUCCCUAACUUAAUUUCUAGAACGAUGACAGCGUAAAAAAAGGUUUUGUUUGUCUUUCAAAAUGGCGACCAACUUUUUUUGAAUUGGCUACCACUUUGAUGAAUUUAGGAGCCAAGUGGCUAUCAGAAAAAAAAAAUUAAUUUCACGCCCUGAACUUUGAUUUGCCAGAGAAAGGCAUAACUCCAGUUUAACGAGUGUUUUCGUGCACUUUUCACGUGCAAAUUUUCUGGCAGGACUACAAACCUUGACUGUGAACAGUCAAUGCUAACCCUAAGCAAAUAUUUUAAAGCAAAGGAUUCUGAAAUUAUUGUUCGGGCGUUUUAAAUAAGAGUCCAAAUUAAAACUAUAUAAUUAAAGGUUAUUUAAGGUGAAAUAUCGGGCAGUUUCUGUCUACCAAUCAAUUUCACGUUUCACUUAGUAGAAAUUAACCUUGUCUAGAGUAAUUGACAAUUGAUGAGUACUUCUAUCAUUCGUUCUUAGCCCCUUUAUUUUCUCUUUUUCUUUUGUCAGCACGUAAGGACAUUAUCAAGGAAACAGUUUAUGUUGCGAGCCCUUCUAUAUAAGGCAAGAAAAACAGCUGGAUUAACGGAAGUAGCAGGAUAAAGUUUAAUGUGUCUUUCUAUAUAUUUAGCCGUGUAAGCUCUGAAUUUGCCCGCCUAAGGGCGUUACUUGAGGUUAUUCUUUUCUUUUUGUAUUUUAGGUGGAGUAAUUCUCUUAGAUUGCACUGAACAGGACGAGAUUAUUCCACAAUUGAGGAAUAUUUUAAAGUGAAGUUUCGGUUAUUAUUCCACAAACCAAAUCUUUCGAAGGGCUCCUACUGAGGCCUGUAUGCAGCUCGUGAAAUUGUUUGUAGAAGUGAAAGAUCACCUCACGUGCAGCUCAAUAAAACUACAGCUAAUGAUCGUGAGACUAUUAUUUCGUUCUGCUCAUGAGGAAUUGGUUGGUUCUGCUUAUGUAAUGACUUGGACCAACUUUUCAAUCUAAUCUUCGAUGCUUUUAGAUAUGAUUUUUGCGGUGUAUAUGUGACUGAGAAGAUGUUUGUAGAGCUAUAUGAAAAAAUACUGUACCCAUUAAAUGACAAAAAUUGGACUUUUGGUAGUCGUUAUCGCUUUGUAUAUUGAUGUUGAGGAACCUUAUUACAUAAUUAUAUAUUACAUACAAUUAUUUACCG